AUGAAGAACGAGGGAGAUUGGGGCCUGUCGAUGGAAAAUUACGCAGCUAUCCGCCCUGCCCUUGCGCCGGGCGCGGACCUCGAUGAGAUGAACCGUGUACUGAUUCAGACCAUUGCCGCGUCAGUUGACGAGCUAGGUACCUCUGACAGACCUGUAAAGAGAGGUCUUGCCCGGUGGCUACGCAAUACGAUCACAAUAGCAACGACUAAAUCUGUGUAUGGACUUCAGAACCCUUACAAAGACCAAUCUAUACAGGAUAACUUUUGGGAUUUCGAGGGUGACCUUAUCACCAAUUUGAUCGGAGUACUUCCAUCUAUUCUAGCACGCAAAGGAAUCGUCGGAGGGCCACGUGCGGUCUUUGUCUAUACCGCUGCAGCAGCUCUCUGGAUGCUUCUCUACGUCUUCUCCUAUCCUGACGUCUUGGAGAACAUUCGAGGCGAGAUUGGCUCAAUAUUGACAUCGAAAACUGAUGAGAAAGGCGUCAAAGAGGUUCUACGCCAUCGUUCAAUGGGCACUUCCAUUCGUCAAGUCAUGCAAGACACCGUGCUUGACGAGCGAUCACUGUUGAAGGACGCCAUGAUCCAAAUGCCUAGCCGAGUGAUUCAUAAGGAUGCUUCGAUAUGGGGCUCUGACGUGGAUGAGUUCAAUCCCGGACGUUUUAAGAAAGACCAGAAGCACAAGAUGGAGCACGGCCGUCAUUUCGCCACCAACGAGAUUUUGGCUUUGGUCUCAAUGUUUGUGAUGCUCUUCGAUAUGGUUCCAACAGCGGGUACAUGGUCAAUACCACAGACAACCAACACAAACGUCGUCGCCGUGGUUAUAGAGCCGGAUGCGGAUGUCGAGGUUGAGGUUUCGCAGAGAAAGGGCUUUGAUGGAAUAUGGGUUUUUUCACUCAUGGAUUCAGAUAAGUCUCUUUACUAUUGUCGCCGAGGAUCAGGCGGUAGAAUGAAAAGUAAUCUCGGCGUGCGGAUAUACGCCUGA